AAUGUUUAUAAGACAGAUUUGGGUAAAAAAAAAAAAUAGAUUGGGUCCCAUUUUAUAUUGAUGGCAAUAAGAAAUUGUUUUAAAAAUGUAGGCUACUUAAAUCACUUCUCCGAAAUGUAAAAGGCAUCCUUUUUCAUGGAACGCCCCACCAUAAGCCUAAUAAUGAAAGAUGUUUAAACUUCAAGCUGAGCAAGAGAACGAAUAGGAUACAGUCUUUAAGAAAUAUUUGAAAAGCUGGUUUGAUCUGUGAUGCUGUGCUCAAGUUUGUAAUCAAUAAAUGACCCUCUCAUGUUUAUCACUUAUUCCUCGUGUUCCUGAGCUCUCCAAUAGUGAAGCACCUAAUUGGUCUCUUCUCAGUUCGCUUAGGCCCAAGAGGAAAGAGAGAGCAUUGCACUCACACCAAGCAACACUCACUCGGUACUGGUCCUCUCCUCUCCUCGCAUCGCCUCUCCUCUUCCCAUCUCUCCCCCUCUCCUCAACUCAAAAGCAAAACAGAUGGUGGAAAAGCAGCACAUCUGUCCUCUCGCUCUGCCACGAUAGAUCGCAUCGAGCUGGAGUCGAGCUUGGUCAUGUCCGCGUGCGAGAGCUGCUAAAGAUCCGGUGUGUUUUCUGGCUUCGCCUUUCACAACGGCUGCCGAGGGAGGACCGUGCGUCUGUCUGGGUUCUCCAACGAGCGGAGAAGAUGGCCGCCAUUAAGAUUUUAACCAGCGCGGGGCUUUUCUUGGCGGUUUGCUCGCUGGUCUUGUUGGUUAUAGCCAUCUGCACCGAUUACUGGUACGAGACGGAUGCCCGGCGGCAUCGCGAGCGCUGUAAGAACUACGCAAACAAGCGUAACGAUCCCGGAUACAUUUACAUCUCAAAUCACAACUUGCCUCUCCAGAUGCCUCCGAAGGGAUAUGAGAAGAAAGCGACGGAGGCGCGCAUGAAGCGGCACGCUCCGGCUUCGGCGACGGCCAUGGAGUCUCACUGUAGCCGCCAGUUCAAUUCCACGAUCUCCGGUCUGUGGAGAAAGUGCCAUCGCGAGGGCUUUGACCUGGAGACCGAGGAUCUCAUUUACAAAGGGUUGAUUCAGAGAUGCACCCCUGUGACGUAUCAUUACACCUCUUCAAUCCUGCCUCGAAACCUUCCUGUCAACAUCACCAAGACCAUCCGGCAAGAUGAGUGGCAUGCCCUGCAUCUGCGGAGGAUGACAGCAGGUUUUGUGGGCAUGGCUGUCUCUAUCAUCCUUUUUGGCUGGAUCGUCGGAGUGCUUGGAUGCUGUCAACAACAUGAUCUCAUGCAGUAUGUAGCUGGACUACUCUUCCUCAUGGGCGGAACCUGCUGUAUUAUCUCCCUGUGCACGUGUGUGGCUGGCAUUAACUUCGAGUUGUCGCGUUACCCACGUUACCUGUACGGCCUUCCGGAGGACAUCAGUCAUGGGUAUGGCUGGUCCAUGUUCUGUGCCUGGGGCGGACUGGGUCUCACCCUGCUGGCCGGUUUCUUAUGCACGCUGGCCCCUUCUUUAAGCAGCCCCUUGGCCCGCACCACAGUCCACAAAUCCAGGCAUGAAAAUGGGACUGUGUGAUCCGAGACUUCUGGAGCAACACUGCAGCAACAUUUUCACCAAUGUAUACAGCGUCUACACAAGGACAAAGCAUCUGGCCUAUUCAUCAUCAUGCAGUAUACUGACUACAUCAUUUCUCUUUCCAUGUUCAUAUGACUCUUGAGCUCUUGUUGAUCACCGUUGUCAACACAACUUGUGUACACCGUCCAUUUCUUUAAAAGGUUGAAGCCUGUAAAUGGCCUGAACACUGCUGAUAAAGUCAAAUGGAGACACAAGCACAGACCUACGAGCAUCUUCCACAGUCUCACAUGUCUCACUCUGGUUCUUUUUGGCACAAAAAAAAAACAACAAUGAAAAUGUUCACCGCUCUGCUUCAUGACGAAGAAGCAAGCUGGAGGCGACUGUCUUCUCUCCAAGAGGAUAAAAUGGUGCUCUCUUUUCAAAAUCACACAACUGCACAGAAAUCUUGACAAAGACAAAUGCACAGGUUUUUUUAUAGCUGACUGACGGUGUGGAGGAUUGUGAGUCUGGAGUGAAGAGGGGAGCAACGGAAAAGAGAGAAAAAAGUAUUUCUGUCAUUCAAGCUUUGAGAAGCACAUUUCCCAAGGCCUCAAAGAGUCUGUAUGUGUAAAAAUACUUUGUUUCUUCUAGAUUUCAGGUCUAUUUGUAAUGAAUAAUGCUUGGGGUAUAAAUGGAGCCUUUUCACUCUUUGUUAUGAUUGUAACGAUCCAUUUCAUGGCUAGCUGUUUUGAGGAACCUGACCAAAUUUGAAGAAUUUCUAGCCUGUGAAUCACCAACUUAAUGAAAAUGUUUUGGGGGUAUUUCUGAACAUCACUUCUCAUGAAGCCUUAUUGCUGUUAAGAGCACAACGUGAUUAGAAUCAAAGUUAAACGAGAGCUCAGCACCUUCCAAGCACAACUGAAUGUUGCUGAAUACUCAAGAUACAGUUUUUAAGUUUUUACAGUUUCACAAGCAAGAUUUUAAAGGAAAUUCAGUGUUGUUUAGCCACAAUAAGUGAAGAUAGAAAAGCGUUAUGUACAGAAUUUGACUGAAGAUGAUGACAGACCUGAAGGUUUUAUUCUAGUAAUAAUCUAGUAAUAUCUCUUUUUUUUAAGUAAGUGUUUCCACAUUAUCAUGAAUAAUUCAUAUUGAUUCUUCUCUCACCAAUGGAUAUUAUUUAUUGAGGAUGCUACUUUGAAAAGCACAGUUUCCAUAAAUCAUUUACCAAUGCCUCACAUGUCUUUGCCAGAUGUACAUUCAAAAUCUCUUAGACCUCCACGGAUCCCAGAUCAAUUCUUGAGCACAAUGAACUGACAUUGAUAUUCACGGUGGGAUGAAACGCCAUAGAUAAUGUAAGACUUUAAAGAUGGCCAAUUCUGUGGAUGUAUUCCAAGUGCACAAUGUGGGAAAUAGGAAUGUGUUCGGAAAUUGUCAUUUGAGGGAAACUGUGGAGUCCAGUCUUUUUUAGGGUAAAGCUUACAGCUGAUUGGCACAAACAUCUGUCAAAUAAAUAAAAUAAACAAAGCCAAAAGAACAAAUCCCUUUAGGUGGAUAGGAGAGUGUUGCAUUGAGUGGGACCUUUCUGAUGAACUGCAGAUAAGGUAUUGACUGAAAAUAUAGUGGCAAACAAGUAAUAAACACCACUUGGGAAAAGAUUUGUGAUAAACGUCUGGAAUUGGGAAUGUUUUGGGCAGGAUAAAAAAAAAAGAGCAUGGGAAAAAAGCUUUUCUAAUAAAAGCAGCUUCAGGUGUUUUGUCAUUUAUGGUGAGAUAUGAGAGACGUUUGUACAAAAGCUGCCAUAUUCUUUGACCGUUGAAGUAGCACAACUUUUUUAUUUAUUUUUGAUUAUGAACUGUUUUUACUAGUUCAUUUCAUAAUUACAACUGGAGAAAACAAGUAUCAUUGUCUCGCAUGCCAUCAUAUUGAUUCAUUUCAGUGUAUUUAGAUUCUGUCAGGUUUUUUUUAUGAUUUUAUUUUAUGAAAUAAAAUGUAAGUAGCAUUUCA